UGCAGCAGCAACUGAGUCCAUCGCAUCAGCAGCAGGCCACUGACAAGUGCAGCAGCUAGCUGCGAUGGCCUCCUCGUGGCUCGUCUUGGCCCUGCUCCCCGCGCUCUGCCUGGGGACGCUGCCGACCUCCCACGCGGCCCGCGCCUUCUUUGUCUUCGGCGACUCCCUCGUCGACAACGGCAACAACAACUACCUGGUGACGGCGGCGCGGGCUGACUCGCCGCCCUACGGCAUCGACACGCCGGACCACCGCGCCACGGGGCGCUUCAGCAACGGCAAGAACGUGCCGGACAUCAUCAGUGAGCACCUCGGCGCCGAGCCGGUGCUGCCGUACCUGAGCCCUGAGCUGGACGGCGACAAGAUGCUCGUCGGCGCCAACUUCGCGUCGGCCGGCGUCGGGAUCCUGAACGACACCGGAAUCCAAUUCGCCAACAUCAUCCACAUCUCGAAGCAGCUGCUCUACUUCCAGCAGUACCAGAAGCGGCUGAGCUCGCUGAUCGGCGCGGAGCAGACGGCCCGGCUGGUGCACGGCUCGCUGGUGCUCAUCACCCUCGGCGGCAACGAUUUCGUCAACAACUACUACCUGGUGCCCUACUCGGCGCGCUCCCGCGAGUUCUCCCUCCCCGACUACAUCAACUACAUCCUCUCCGAGUACAGGCAGAUCCUCACGAGGCUGUACGACCUGGGCGCGCGGCGCGUGCUGGUGCAGGGCGUCGGGCCGAUCGGCUGCGUCCCGGCGGAGCUCGCGCUGCACAGCCUGGACGGCAGCUGCGACCGGGAGCUGCAGCGCGCGGCGGAGAUGUACAACCCUCGGCUGAUGGCGCUGCUGGAGGAUCUGAACGCGCGGUACGGCAGCGGCGUGUUCGUCGGCGUGAACAUGCAGCGGAUCCACAACGACUUCAUCGAGGACCCCAAGGCGUACGGCUUCGAGACGGCCACCCAGGCGUGCUGCGGCCAGGGCCGGUUCAACGGCAUGGGGCUCUGCACCGUGGUGUCCAGCCUCUGCGCCGACCGCGACGCCUACGUGUUCUGGGACGCCUUCCACCCCACGGAGCGCGCCAACCGCCUCAUCGUGCAGCAGUUCAUGUCCGGGUCCGUCGACUACAUCGCGCCCAUGAACCUGAGCACCGUCCUCGCCGUCGACCUCCACAAGGAGCAGAUGCGCACAUGAUCGAUCUAUUUGAUUGAUCCAACGGCAGCUAGCUUCGUCUUCGUCUCAGACUGAUUGUAUUCGUGCUUGCAAUUCGCAUGCCUGUUUUUCUUUUCUCGUGUUUUUGAGGGUGUUGUGUGUGCGUAUGUAGAGUACUUCUCCUGCUAGUGUCUGUUUCAGAGCUCAACCCGCAUCGGAACUCGAUUUCCCGUUGA